AAUCCCUGAUAAUUGUUCCAUCUCUUCGAGAAGCCUUAAACCAUCACCCAAGCAACCCUUCUUACAGUAAGCAUCAAUCCUGAUAUUUGUUCCAUCUCUGUUACAGAGAAAAGCCCGGUGGCAGUGACGAGACUGACGGUGCUAAUCGCUCUGUCCGACGAGAAACCGAACAGAUUUUCACUUGAUGGUUGGAUUUCUGCAAUAAGACUUGCUUGUUUGUUUAAACAUGGGAACUGAGGAUUUUAUUGACCUCCAUGCAUAUAACAGUACUGACACUGGCAAUGAGGCUAAUGAAUUGCAUAAUUCUUUCUCUGAGCCAAGUGAAGUUGAUUGUCAACCUAGUUGUUCCCAGGAUAAAGAAGACACCAUAAUUGAGAAGGUUGAGGAAGGCAUUAUUAACAGUGUAAAUGUAGAUUUCCAACAUGUUCAGGAUAUGGAUCUUGAUGAGGAUUUGGUUCAAAAACGAUCUAUUUUGGAAGUGAAUGUUAAAUUGACUGAAACCAUUGCGAUGGAAGAGAAGAUGAUUAAAGUCAAUUCAGCAACCAAUGGUGAAAUGGGAAGUCCAGCAGCCCAAAAUGGAAGUGCCAUCAGCAACCAUAUGAUAGAUGGGGGCUCAGCUGUAACAGGUGUUAAAAGAGCUCGAGUGACUUACAGUUACGGGAAUCCUUCAGUGCAUGCCAAAUAUAAUUCAUUAACAAGGGCUAGCAAAAGAAAGCUUGAGGAACUUUUACAACAAUGGUCACAAUGGCAUGCUCAGAAUGUGUCUUCAUCUGAUGAUUCAAAAGAAGCAUUGGAAUCAGGCGAAGGUACUUACUUCCCUGCGAUACAUGUUGGCUUGGAGAAGUCUUCCACUAUGUCUUUCUGGAUGGACAACCAAACAAAUAAACAGCAAAGUAAGGAGUUUAUCCCAUUGGAUGGUGAUUCUGUACCUCUAUAUGAUCGUGGAUAUGCAUCAGUUUUGACUUCUGCAGAUGGUUCAGCUCAUUCAGAAAGGGAGCUGGAGAUAUUAGAGGGCUCUCGUUGCUUCAAUUGUGGUUCCUACAGCCAUUCUUUGAAGGACUGCCCAAAGCCCCGUGAUAAUGCCGCUGUUGAAAAUGCUCGGAAACAGCACAACUCCAAACGGAACCAAACAGCUGGUCCUCGUAAUGCAACUCGGUACUAUCAGGAUUCUCCUGGUGGAAAGUAUGACGGUAUAAAGCCAGGUGCUCUUGGUCCUGAAACAAGAAAAGAAUUGGGUCUUGGGGAGCUUGACCCACCUCCAUGGCUACACAGAAUGCGUGAAAUAGGAUACCCGCCAGGAUAUCUAGAUCCAGAUGAGGAGGAUAUGCCUUCAGGGAUUAUAAUAUACACUGAUGAGGAAAGCAAGAAAGAACAAGAGGAUGGAGAAAUCCUUGAAACAGAAAACAUGGAGCUGAAUGUACCAAUCCCUGGGAAAAAGAUGACGGUAGAGUUUCCAGGAAUAAAUGCACCAAUCCCUGAGGAUGCCGAUCAAAGUCGUUGGAUGUCUUCACGGGAGACUAGUUUUGAUUCAUCUGGGAGCCGACUCCAUCACAGGUUAAACCGCUCCUCAGAAGUCAACGAUGAGGGGUACUACCAUGAUCGAAGAUGGUCCAGGGACUACAGAGAUGAUGCCCCCCCUGGAUCUGAUCCUGCAGACAGCCCAUCCAUGUCUGGUUACACACGGAGGUAUAGUGGUUACGAUCCCCUUUACACAACUGAAUCUCACAGUCCAAGAAGUAAUAUUCCAGUACCAAGGAGUCCGAGUCUUGGUAGGCCUCUAUCUGAUAGGGGGAGGAGGAGCCCUUUGGUCCAUGAUGGUUCCCCUGGUCAGAGUCCCUAUAGUUCUGUAUCUUACCCUUCUCCUAAUGCACGGCAGUCGCCACAGAAUUACAGUUAUUCCAGCUUCGAAAAUUGGGCCUAUGAGAGCCAACACAGCUCAGGUUCUUUCUCAUCAUCAUAUAGGAAGGACAGGCAUGAACGUCAUCAUCAUCAUCAUCAUGGUAGGAGGUAAAUGGGCGUAAAAAUGUUAUUUCUGCUUGAACUCCAAGAUUAAUUGCAUGUGUAACAUGUGUGAUAUUUCCCAGCUUUUAUAAUUGUUGUUGACCAGCUUUUACAAAAAACCAGUUCCCCUCCGUGAUAUCUAAAUUCAUGCAGAAAUCUGCUUUCUCAAGGAAUUUUUGUUUGUUUUUAGUUGGGGAGAAGGAACCUAUGUUGUAUUUGACUUUCGUAUUUUUGCAAUUUACAAAAGAAAACAUGCCUGUAAUUGUUGUUGACCAGA